AUGGGCUUCCUGCGCGUGCUCGACGCUUUCAGCUCCCACUCAGGAGACCUGAUGCGCUACGGCAAGGGGUUCCAGGCCCGAACGGCCAGUGUAGACCAGUUCCAAUGGAACUAUUUGAUCCGACCCGCGGCCAGCUCCAAGAGCCGAGAGAUCGUUGUCUUUCUACACGGUCUCGGGUCUUCGAAAGAGGGCUGGGUGCGUGUCGCUAGCGGCCUCAGCAAGAACUACCACGUCGUGAUCCCCGAUCUCCCAGGCCACGGGAAAACGACGCCACUGGAUCCGCAAAUGAAUUUCUCCGCGGAUCGACAAGCCCGUCGACUGCACGAGUUCUUCGAGUCUGAGCUGUACCCGAACAACAAGGUGCAUCUUGUAGGCACCUGCAUGGGUGCAUCCAUUGCUGGUGUCUACGCUGCGAUGCACCCAGCGCGAGUCAAAUCACUGCUUUUGAUGUGUCCAUGUGGUAUCUCAAUGCCUACGAUGAGCGUCACGCUCAGUGACAUCGACGACCUGGGCAAGUCGACGUUGCAAAGUCCUACCGAAACUUCUACGAGCGAAGUGGGCGAGUGGCGUGACCGCGUUGCUAGUGUUGCCAAUUUCGUGCACACGCCUCGUGUGUUUCGAGCGCUUGCCAUCCCCAAACGUGGACGAGCACGAGGAGUGGUGCAGAAGGUGCUUAUGGACAUGCUUGCCCACCCGACAAUGCUAGAAGACGAACUCCACAACAUUCGAGCCAGAACCAUGGUCGUAUGGGGCGACCAGGACGAAGUUUUUGACGUGUCGUGUCUGAAGGUGAUCGACGACAAGCUCAACGUCACGCGCAAACACGUGUUGGUGCUCGAAAGUUGUGGCCACCUCAUACCGAGCGACAAGCCGGUCGAAUGUGUCGACGUGCUUAACAAAUUUCUAGCGGACGAGGAGCUCAGCUUCACGUUCGCUCUCGCUGGACAGCAGGCCGUUAUGGCGUUUUAG